CUGCCUUGCAAGUUGCAGUAGUGGAUCGUCUGUGGGCCAGAUUAGAAUGCAAAUUUAAGCGCCUCAACAUAUAAUUGGUUGAUCACAAGGUUGACUGCAAAAGUAAUCGCGCGAAGGUGGUAAAUUCGCCCAGGAUGACUAACGGCACACCAAUCAGCAGCUGUGAUCGAUGUCCCCGGCUUGUGGCCUUCGGGAAUGUGCUGCUGGACGUUAGUGUGGAGCUUCGCGAUACGCAAAUUUUGAAGGACUUUGAUCUGAAGGAGGAUGACCAGCGGGAAAUUCCUGCGGACAAGUUGGCCCGGCUCGGUGCGGUCACCAUGGAAACAUGCGGCCCGCCAAAGUACAACCCGGGGGGGUCGGCGCUGAAUACGACGCGGAUCCUGCGGGGCCUUGGCGAAAAGAACGUGAUUUUCUGUGGCGCCGUCGGCGCUGAUGAGAAUGGAGAAAUUAUAACCAAGAUCCUGAAGGACAGCUCGCUGAACACAUGCAUCCAAACACUGCCGGACCACUGCACCGGAACUUGCAUCUGCCUGAUUAGCGGCGACAAGCGCAGUCUGAACGCAAACAUUGGCGCGUCGCUGCACUUCAAGAAGGAGUUUGUAACGUCCCGCUGGUGCCAGGGCAAGAUUGGCAGCUGCAAUUCGGCGGCCCACGAUGACAUCGAGGAGGACGUGCGCGUGUUUUACGUCGAGGGUUAUUUCGUGCCGGAAAAGUUUCACAUUUGUCAGUACAUUUACGAGAAGUACUGCAAGGGCACGGCAAAUCUGUUCGUGACGAACCUGAACGCGACCUAUAUUUUGCAAAAUUUUACCAAGGAAAUGCGCUGGAUGGUUGAGCAAGCGGAUCUUGUAUUUGGAAAUCUGACCGAAUUUGUAGCCCUGGCGGAGAUUUACGAGUGCGAAGACUUUGACGAGCUGGCCAAAUGUUUGAUUCGGAAGUAUUUGAAGAUCAAUCGGGAAAAGAUUCUGGUCGCCACGGAUGGAUGCCGAUGUGUGCGGUUCUAUCACGGCAACGGGAGCGCAUUCUACGGGGAGUCGUACCAGGUUCCGAUAAUUCCCCAGAAGGCGGUUGUCGACACUACCGGUGCGGGCGAUUCGUUCGUGGCCGGCUUCCUGUACAAGUACAUGAACGGAGAGUCUCCGACGCUGCCGGACUGCAUCCGCCACGGAAGCAAGGUAGCAGCGAAGGUGAUCCGCCAGGUGGGCUGCAAUCUGCCCUCGUCACUACCGGCAUCGCCGACGCUGACACCCACAACCUCGCAGCAGGAAGAUUUGUUGAAGGCCAAGCAGACUUAAGCGUGCUUGAGCUCACGGGAAGUUAUGUUAAGUUGUCGUCUAUUGUCGUACAGGUGCUGUACUCGAUCGGUGAUUUGUUCAAUCUCAUAUUUGGCUGUUAAGAGGUACUUAGGGAAUCUCAUUCCUUUCAUUAGAAAUUUUGUUUUUUUUUUUUUGCUAGGUGAUAGAUUGAAUAGUUAUUAAUUUUUAAGCUCAAGCUCAUUAUGUAUCGCUUUUUUAACUUGUUAAACAAAUUAAGCUAAAAAAUGCAAAUGGAAAUAAAAUUGCUAUUCUUGUUGUAUCA